AUGAUGCAGAGCGCUCUAUACUCGAUAUUACUGCUUUGUGAUGCCGAUUAUCGCAAAGACGAGUGUGUGUUGAUGCUGUCGUGUGUUGUUCUGGCAUCAGUGGCUCCUCGACAAGUUGUGCUCGGCCAUCGUGAGAGUUUCCAUCGGCUUGUGCGGCUUAUCCGUUCACAGUUGCACAGUGACCAUCCUCAGAUUGUCGCAAAAACCCUGCAGUCCCUGUCGUCGCUGUUGGCUCGACGUGACAUCAACGGCCCCUUUAUCUCUUCCCUUGGCCGCGAUGUUUUCAAUGUCAUCCGGCCACUCGUCACGGGCGAUGACGUGAUGACGAAAGUGAAGGACAUCACUGAAGAACAGCUACCGGUUAUUCAGGACGCUUUCAAGACUUUGGAGGUGCUGGUAACCGUGGCUGAUGAAAAAAGAAGUGCGUACACUAACUAG